CGCUUUCGCCGAACGGCUGAGGUGGAUCGUGGUUUCCGAACGGUAUCGAGUAUUCGCGCGCUCGUGUCGGCGCGACGACAUCGAGUGAGAAAAUCGCCUCCGUCGAGAGUGAUCGUUGCACGUUGCGCGCCGUAUCGUGUCACGACGUAUACGGCGUCAUCGGUCCGAGAAGGACGGACGCAUCGAAAGAGGAAAAGAGAGAGAGAGAGAGAGAGUGCGAGAAGGAGUGAACCGAAGGGCGUGAGAGAGAGAGAAAGAGUGACGGAGAAGCGGUGACUGGGUGCCGUAGAGGAGAAAGGAAAGGCGGAAGGAUUAUAUAUUCGGGCAACAUGGCCACCGCGAUCGACGACCGGCAGGAGCUGUUGGAGCAAUUCCAAGCGAUUGAUGCGAAUGGAGAUGGUUUCAUUAACGUUACCGAGUUGCGAAAUGCUUUGGAUGUUUGCGGCUUCAAAAUGCCGGGCUACAAAGUACGUCAGAUGAUCGAGGAAUACGAUGAUAAGCAGCGGUUAGAGCAUAAAGGUCGGCUCUCCUUCGAGGAGUUCGAAAAGCUCUGCAAAGAGCUCAAAGCCAACGAACUUGGCUCCACGUUCAAGCAAGUCGUGUCGAAAAAGGAGAAUCUUGAAACUUUGGGUGGAAUUUCCGAGGCGUCCAGCGAAGGAACCACGCAUUCUGUCAGACUUGAGGAACAACUGGCAUUCAGCGAUUGGAUAAACACUAAUCUGUCGCACGAUCCCGACUUAAAGCACCUGCUGCCUAUCGAUCCCGAAGGAAAAACACUCUAUGACAAGGUCAAGGAUGGCAUAUUACUCUGUAAAAUAAUUAAUCAUUCUUGCCCGGAUACCAUUGACGAGCGCACAAUCAACAAGAAAAAUCUGACAUUAUACAAGAAACAUGAAAACUUGACGCUAGCACUGUCUUCAGCACAAGCUAUUGGCUGCAACAUUAUAAACAUCGAUGCCCAUGAUCUCACCAAAGGUUCGCCCCAUUUGGUGUUAGGUUUGCUUUGGCAGAUCAUCCGGAUCGGCUUAUUUAACCAGAUUACUCUCGAGAACUGCCCUGGUUUAGCUACUCUCCUGCAGGAAGGUGAACGAAUUGAAGAUUUGUUGAAGUUAUCUCCAGAGGCCAUUCUUCUCAGAUGGGUGAACCAUCACUUGGAGAAUGCUGGCAUCGCCAGGCGAUGCAACAACUUCCAAUCUGACAUUACGGAUUCUGAGAUUUAUACUUAUCUCAUCAAACAAAUUGCACCCAACUCGGCUGGAGUUACCUUAGAAGCCUUGAUGGAACCGAAUCACAUGUCUAGGGCGGAGAUUAUGCUUCAACAAGCUGCAAAAUUGGGUUGUCGUAGUUUUGUGACGCCUAGCGAUGUUGUGAAUGGUAUUUAUAAGCUCAAUUUAGCUUUCGUCGCCAAUAUGUUUAACAAUUACCCUGGAUUAGAUAAGCCAAAAAGCAACAUCGAAGGUUUAGAAUCUUUAGAGGAGACGCGAGAAGAAAAAACCUAUAGAAACUGGAUGAACUCAAUGGGCGUAUCGCCACAUGUCAACUGGCUCUACUCAGAUCUCGCUGAUGGUCUGGUAAUUUUUCAGUUGUAUGAUAUCAUCAAGCCAGGCACUGUGAAUUGGAAUAAAGUGCACAAGAAAUUCACAAAACUUCGGAAGUUUAUGGAAACAUUAGAAAACUGCAAUUACGCUGUCGAGUUAGGUAAGCAGAUGAACUUCUCGCUUGUGGGCAUCGCCGGACAGGAUAUCAACGAUGGAAAUGCGACCUUGACGUUGGCCCUGAUAUGGCAAUUGAUGAGAUCGUACACAUUGUCAAUUCUGACAUCUUUGGCUGGAACCCAAGGAAAUGCUGUAGAGAAAGAAAUUAUUAAAUGGGUGAAUUCUAAACUCCAAGCGGCUGGAAAAAGCAGUAUCAAGGGAUUUCAGGAUUACUCAAUAGCGGAUGGCAAAGUCGUUCUCGAUCUCAUCGAAGCCAUCAAGCCGGGCUCGGUUAACUACAAUCUCAUUAAGGAGGGUGGUACUGAACAUGAGAAUCUGGACAAUGCGAAGUAUGCGAUAUCUUUGGCGCGAAAGUGCGGUGCACGUGUCUACGCGUUACCGGAAGACAUUACCGAGGUGAAACCGAAGAUGGUGAUGACGGUAUUUGCCUGUCUGAUGGCGAUGGACUACAUGCCGAAUAUGGAUUCUGUGAAAAAUCAACAGAACAACAUAAAUAACGGCCAAUAAUGUCGGCAUCAGUCCAUCAUCGCGUUGUUCCGCCUAACACGUGCCGUUUACCUUUUGUAUACAAGAACUUUUGAUCGGAUCGCGCCACAUCACGCUUUUUCCAUGAGCGUAAUAUUUGUACAUACGUAGAUUAAGUUAACUUGUUUUUGAAGAGAAUAUUAGGGAUUACUACAGCUAGGAAAAAAUCAUGAAAUGAGAAGGAGAACUCCUUCGGAAUCCUGACGAGGUAUUAUUUGAUCUCUGUUUG